AUUAUUAUUAUUUUAAUAUUUUGUGUUUUCCAUCCCAAAUUGCGCGUUCCUAGUCGUCAUCGCCUUGUUUGUCUGCGAAAUUUCCAAAUUCUGAAUUUCAUUUCCGACCUUCUUCUUCUUCUUCUUCUCCGCCGUCGCUUCGUCCAAGACAGCUACAGAGAAGCCGUUGCCGUCAUCUUAUCUUUUUCUUCUUCUACAGUUUCGUUUUAGGCAUGACCAGGAUUGAUAUACCUAGACGGCGUCAUCAAGGUUUGACUGCCCACAAAAGACAGGAAAUAAAGGAAGCAUUUGAACUGUUUGAUACUGAUGGAUCUGGUACCAUUGAUGCCAAAGAGCUGAAUGUUGCAAUGAGGGCUCUUGGUUUUGAAAUGUCUGAAGAGGAAAUUAAUCGAAUGAUAGCUGAAGUAGACAAAGAUGGCAGUGGUUCAAUCGAUUUUGAGGAAUUUUGUCACAUGAUGACUGCCAAAUUCGGAGAGAGGGACACCAAGCAAGAGCUCUCGAAAGCUUUUAACAUUAUCGACCAAGAUAAAAAUGGAAAGAUUUCUUUUGCUGAUAUCCAACGCAUAGCGAAGGAAUUGGGCGAAAACUUCACUGAAAAAGAGAUACAGGACAUGAUUGCCGAAGCAGAUCGCGACAGUGAUGGCGAGGUAAAUACCGAGGAAUUCAUGCGAAUAAUGAGGCGAACCUCAUAUGGAUACUAAAGCAACUCUACGACUGUGGCCGAACUCAGAGUAAUUAUCUUCUACUGUUUUUUGCUCGUCGAAUUAUGCAUUAUUUUUACUCUGUGAUUUCGGUUGUGUUCCCGUAAAUAAUAUUUUGUUUUUGCAUGUAAAAUUAAUUUUAUAUUUUAGAAACAUUUAUAGAAAAUAGGUGUUUUGCUA